AUGCCAGGUGGAAUUCCUCUUAAGUACUUUGGCGACGAAACCCUUUAUUAUGAAGGUUACAAUUAUGAGCCCCAAAGAGGUGCCUCUAUCAAUAUCAUUGCUAUCAAUGGAUUCACCUCCUCUGAAGACGAUAAAGAACCUUGGCUGGCUGUUGACCAGGACUUUUGGCUCCAAACACGCCUUCUUAAGGAUUCACCGGGUGCGAGACUGCUCAUUGUGAAUAAUCGACUGUCCGAUGGGGCCAGUUGGAAAGCACUUCUCGGACGUGAAAACAGUCUUAAAGACACUGUUCUUAGAUUUAAGGAAGGAAGCCAAGCCCCGGUGAUAAUUUUCUGCCAUGGCCUUGGAGGAUUUCUUGUACUCAAGAUGGUAUCAGGGCUAAAUACGUCAGACCGUGAAUCUCACCUGCUUCUUUCGAUAAAAUCGAUUAUACUAUUCGGUACACCUUGCCGAUACGCAAAUAGUAAAGAGUUACAAAAGACUUUGAAGCUUUGUGCUACAGUAGAACUCGGUCUAAAAGAUAAACAGAAUAGACCAAAAUUUGACCAAGAAACUGAAAAUGAUAUAAAAUCUAUAUUGGAAGCUGCGGCGAAUCUAAGCGUUGAGUUCGUAGGGGUUUACGAAAAACGUCAGACUUCCUAUAGUUGGAGGGAGUUACAAAGACCUGAUUUAUUGGUUCGAAACACAACAUCUACACCGGCCGGCGAGACGUUCAUUGCCCAUGACAGCGAUCAUUGGAACAUAUCUCGGGUGGCCUCUAACUCUGACACCUACAUCGAACUCCAGAAACAUGUAGCAAAAUGGUCGGUUUUUUUAGCGGAUCUGCCUCCAUCCGCUGGACGAAGACCCUCGACGGUGCGUAGCAAUUCUAGAAACACAUCCCUAAGCGGAAUUUCUCCUACCAGCAGUUUGGUACCGCCGAUUGCAACUCCUAUCACUUUGCAAAGAGCGAGUCCCAAACCAAGCAACCCAGGAUAUGACCCUUCAUCGACAAACGGAAUCGAUGUUGAGAACAAUCGGCCAACCCGGCAGACUUCUAUUUCGCUUAAGCUUGCAUUACCCUGCCAUGUGAUCCAACCUCCCAAGAACUCUAAUUUCGUAGGUAGGGUGGAUAUAUUGGAAGAGAUGGAUGCCAAUCUCAUAUCAAACCCUUUUAAAAAUGGUAGUGAUAUCCGCGCGUUCACGAUUUGGGGUCCUCCUGGGAUGGGCAAAUCUCAGACUGCACUCCGUUUCGCUUAUACGCAUAAAAAGGAGUUUCCAUCGAUCCUCUUCACUGUCGCGGAUACGGAAACUAAACUUCUAAGCGACUUGGCCGCUUACUCGCAAACUCUCGGGCUUACAACAGAAGACCAAUCAAAAAACAUACCAGGGCAGGUUAAGCGCCUACUGGAAUGGUAUGAAAAAACAGACGUGCCAUGGCUUCUGAUAUUUGAUAACGCGAAAAGCGUCAAACUGAUUACUGAUUACUGGCCGAAGGAAGGGGUGGGGGCUAUCAUCAUCACUUCGCUUAGUGCAGAGUUUGCAUCGAAUAAUGUAGCUGGGGCUGGAAAAGAGUUGAAACCGCUUCAUGAUGAAGAAGCUAUUGAAUUACUGGCGAAACAGCUAGCAGACCGACCCAUAACUAAUUAUGAUCGAAACGAAGCUUUGCGGAUUGCUCAACGUAUGGAGAACCUUCCACUCGGUAUCCAAGCAUCUGUUGGCCUAAUCAAUGGUGCUCAAUGUUCCUUACACGACUUUAAUCGACAAUGGACCUCUCGUACGAAAGUCAUCAAGGAUUCGACGGAAGAUCAUACCACGACACGGCAUGCCAAAUAUCCACGAGCUCUCAGAGACGCAUGGCUUGACACUCUGAACACACUUAGACCGGAAUCAAAAGCCAUGAUUGAUGUCAUGGCCCUUUUAGAUCCUGAUAAUAUACAAGAAGAAAUUUUCGAAGAAAGGGCAUCUUUAGGAUCUCCAAGUACCAUGCCAUUUUUGGGAAACAAGACAAAGUGCUUUGGUGAUUUGAAAUCACAAGGUUUGCUGUCACACGGAGACCAAAGUCAAAGUUUCCGCGGUUUUAGUAUCCACCGUACGCUACAGGACUGUAUCAAAUUGCAGAUGUCGGAGAAUCCUAUCCAUGGGAAUAGACAAACGGCAUUGGGCAAUGCGAGCGCUUUGAUAAGCAGUCUUAUUUCUUCAUUAUGGGAGACAGACUGGAUCAAAAUUCGCAAAGAGUAUAAGAACUUUCUCCCCCAUACUGAGACAAUCCGCCUCUUUUUUCAUGAGAUAGAAGAUGUACCCUCGAUGAAAGUCCCCAUCAGCUUUUUGGAAAUGCUGCGGAAAGCCGCUGGUCUGUGCUACAAGAGAAAUUUCCUAAAUCUUGGACUGGAAAUACUUAAGACGGCAGAAGAUAUUAUAGCGCUGAAUGCAGAGCAGUCAUCUUUAAAAAUCGAAGGUACCGAAGAGGCUAUACUCAAUGAGAUCAUAGAGAUUAGAUACCAGCAUGCCUGCAUCUCCACCGAGACGGCGGAAUUUAAGGAAUCGCUAGAACAUUUCGAAUUGGCGAAGGAGUCCUAUGCAAAAUUCAAAGAGUUAGGAUACGUGAAGAAAAAUUCGACUCGGUACAUGACAAUUGUUGGUGGGGUUGCAAACUCGCUGAAUGGUCUCCAUCGAAAUGAGGAAGCGGAAGGUUACUAUUUAGAGUGUAUUGAACUGACUCCACCUGAUGAUUGGCAACCAUAUAACAUCAACCUAUGCCGAUGUCUUUGGGACACCGGGAUACCCGAAAAACUGAAUGAGGGUGCAAAUCGAUUGAACGCUUGGAUUGCGGCCCGUGCGGAUGCAUUUGGUCCUGAUGACCAAAAUGAUUACUUGUCCGGACACGCCAAAUACGUCCUAGGUAAUAUUCGAAUAUCUCAGGGCAAAUACGACGAAGCGCGUGAGCUUCACAUGUCUACUGUGAAGAACUUCAAAGCGGUUCUAGGCGAUGAUCAUCAUAAGACUGGCGAUGCAUAUCACAAAGCUGGCUGGCAUUUUGACAGAAUUGGGGAAUAUGAAGAAGCGAAGAAAUAUUUGGAAAACGCCCUUAAGGUUUAUCAAAUUGGUUCAGACGCAACUUAUCGAAAUGGAGAGAUUGCGCGGACCACCUUUAAGCUGAGUUUGGUCCUAGCCAAAAUGGAUCGUGAGCAACAGGCGGCCGCGGAGGAUGAACGCAAAACGGCGGAAGUAUUCAGAAAGAAAUCCAUGGGGAUGAAAUAUUUCCCUUCAGAUGAAGAAUCAGAAUAUGACAAUCUAGUCAGCUUGUGGGCAAGGUGA